CCCCCGCCCCGCGCCGAGCAGCGGGCCCGCCGCCCCCGGCCCGGCCCCGAGAUGAGCUUCUUCGGCUUCGGGCAGAGCGUGGAGGUGGACAUCGUGCUCAACGAUGCGGAGAGUAGGAAGCGGGCCGAGCACAAGACGGAGGACGGGAAGAAGGAGAAGUAUUUCCUCUUCUACGACGGAGAGACGGUCUCCGGGAAGGUGAGCCUCGCGCUCAAGAACCCCAACAAGCGGCUGGAGCACCAGGGCAUCAAGAUCGAGUUCAUCGGGCAGAUCGAGCUCUACUACGACCGCGGGAACCACCAUGAGUUUGUGUCACUGGUGAAGGAUUUGGCCCGGCCCGGAGAGAUCAGCCAAUCACAGGCCUUCGACUUUGAAUUCACCCACGUGGAGAAGCCGUAUGAGUCCUACACAGGCCAGAAUGUGAAGCUACGGUAUUUCCUUCGAGCCACCAUCAGCCGCCGCCUCAAUGACGUCGUCAAGGAGAUGGACAUCGUAGUCCACACCCUCAGCACGUACCCAGAGCUGAACUCCUCCAUCAAGAUGGAGGUGGGGAUCGAGGACUGCCUGCACAUUGAGUUUGAGUACAAUAAAUCCAAAUACCACUUGAAAGAUGUUAUUGUAGGAAAGAUCUACUUCCUGUUGGUGAGAAUCAAAAUCAAGCACAUGGAGAUAGAUAUCAUCAAGCGGGAAACGACAGGCACAGGCCCCAACGUGUACCACGAGAACGACACGAUAGCCAAGUAUGAGAUCAUGGACGGGGCGCCCGUGAGAGGAGAGUCCAUCCCAAUCCGGCUCUUCCUGGCGGGCUACGAGCUCACCCCCACCAUGCGGGACAUCAACAAGAAGUUCUCAGUGCGCUAUUACCUCAACCUGGUGCUCAUAGAUGAGGAGGAGCGGCGCUAUUUCAAACAGCAGGAAGUGGUGUUGUGGCGGAAAGGUGACAUCGUAAGGAAGAGCAUGUCCCACCAGGCAGCCAUCGCCUCGCAGCGCUUCGAGGGCACCACCUCCCUGGCUGAGGCGCGGACCCCCAGCCAGCUGUCCGACAACAACAGCAGGCAGUAGGCCUGGGCCCGGGAGCGGCUGGGCUUCCACCCCAGCAGCCCCGUCUACCAUACACCAGCGGCUGGGGCAGGAGGACGGCGCGACGCUCAGCUGACCCGUUACUUGCAACCUGAAAACAAAUCGUGUCUUGACUUAAAUUCUUUUUUCUGAAGAACCUAAGGGGCCUGGGCUGAGAGGCAGUGUCCUUGAGGUCUGCGGCUGAUGUGGGACUAGGGAGAGGGAGCCUCCCGUUGAAGCUGCCCCGCUUCUGCAGGAGGUCCCCAGCGGCUUACUCCCUGUGGCCCCACCCCCUGUCCUGAGUGGCAGGAGGAGGAGAUGCCUCUUUGGGAGUCUCGGGGGUGGUUCUUGGAGGUUUCCACACGUGGCCCCCCUCACGGCUGGGACGCAGCCACCUCCCUUCUCCAUCUUCUGCGGACUCCUGUCAGGAGCGUCCUGGGACAAGCCUGUGGUAGGGCCUCGCCCGUGAGGGAUUCUGGGCAGACUCCUGGGUCGCGGUCACACAUGGAUGGCAGCAGCCGAGGACAAGCACGGGGACUGGGCUGGUAGCUGCUCACCGCAGGCCGGGUGGCUCGAGGGCGCUGCCGUGUGCUCCCGCAGGCUUCCCUUCCGAGGCCCCGGGAAGGGACCCUGAGCUCUUUGCUUCCCUGCGAUGGAUCGUCCUCACUCCCCGCUCUGCCUCCAGUCGGUUCCUGGGGCUUGGGGGCUUCUGGCUGUCGCCCGUGCCCCCCCACCCUUGCGGAGCCGUGGGAGGGAGAGCGCCUCCGCAGAACACCCUGCCCAUGACUUCCGAAAGAUUCUGCUUGCCAAACUGUCUUCAGCUUCACCACCUGACUGACCCGAAUUUAGGACCGUCGAGGUUUUUGUCAAAAAACACACAGAGACUCCGUGGACGUUGUUCUGCUGGAGGAGGCGGGGACUUCCCUGUGCGCUGCGGGCCCGCUGGAGUAGAGAUGUCGACGUCCUUUUCUGCCUCACCUGGAGACGACCCCACUGGCCAGUAAGGACCACAUCGGGUGGUCCAAGUCCCCCAUGAUUUGGGAAGCAGAGGGCUCGGUUCCUGUGUCAUCUUUCAGUGUGGGACAUUCGGACUGUUUUCCUGAGACCGGUGCAGUCGUGGGCCUCUGAGUGGGCAGGGCUCCUGGGGCAAAUACCCUGCGCGGACCCUUGAGGUGGACUGGGGACAGCAGAACCAGGGAAGGUAGGUGGCUCCCCCACGCCGGACCCCAAGUUCUGGUGCGAUGGACAAUCUCCCAGGAACAGGAUCACCCAGCUGCUCCUGGAUUAUCAGGAUCAGGCCCGAGUGUCUGGGGAGGCAGGUUCUGUGUUCCUUCCCUUUUCCAGAACAUGAGACUAGGCCCCGGCGUGCCUCCCCUAGUAGCUGGUCUUCUAACCAGAAGGGACCGGUCAGUUCCUCUGCCUCCCAGCGGACAACUCAAAUUCAUUUUCCAACUUACCUAACAUCUUAAACCUUUCUUCUGGGAGAACUGGAAGGUAGAAUUUGGUUUCAUCGUGUCAGGAGCUGCGUGCAGCCAGGUCUUGUUUUCCCUCACUCCGCCCACUGGCUCCUUGUCUGUGCAACCUGUGCAACUGCGGAGGUGGGGGAGGCCCGGCCCCCACCCUCGCCGGUCCCCCCGGGAGUGCGUAGGUACUAAACCGAGCAGUGCAACUUAUAAUUAAGCAUCUGCAGUGUUUACAUGUUUCUUAAUGUGUCGUCUUUUCAAUGGCUGUAUUUUAAAAAAAAAAAAAAAAAGAACACUUGUUUCAGUUGUGUCUCUGAUUAAAGGAAGCCCCUGUGGCUUGGAGGCAUUGUGCCCAUGGUCCCCA